UUCAUCUUUGUUGAAGUUAUUUUAUAUAUGAUAAAAUUAUACUUUCUCAUAUAUUGUCAAUAUUAUUUUUCUAAAAACAUUACCAAAUUUUAUUUAUUUUAUACUUGUUUAUGCAAUUCUUAUUUGAAUUAAUUUAUAUAGCAAUAUUUUUAAAAUAAUUUUAAUAUUUACUAUGAAUGUAUAUGUGUAUGUAACUUAUUAUUGUUACUAUGGUGACCUUUUUAACACUCAUCAUCUUCAAGAUAAUAAACGCAUCUGAUUUACAUUUGUUCAAAUGAAGGUAAUAUACUCAAAAAACAACAAUUAUAUUAUAUAUUUCCUAGUAAAAUUUAUAUGUAAUAUAAUAUAUAGAUAAAUAUUAUAAAUUUAUCAUAGUAGAAUUAUUUAUAAUUUUGUAUUAUUAAUAAUACAGUAUGUUCUGUAUGUAAUUUUUAUUUAUUUUUGUCAAUGUGAAUAAUUAACAACAUAUUUAGGUUAAAUUUUUAUAUUUAUUUUAUGUUAAUAUUAGAGAUAGUGUCUUUUAAAAUUGAAUUUUUAAAAAAGUUCACUCUUAUAAAAUGAAAUUAAUGAAAUAUUAUUUAUGUAAUAAUGAAAUUAUUGUGAUUGUAAAAAAUUAAAGAGAAAAGAUUGUGAAAUAUUAUUUAUGUAAUAAUGAAAUGUUGAGAUUGUAAAGUUGUAAACAAUAUAUAUAUUAGGUAUGCAUUUAGACAAUUAGUAAUUAGAAAGUGAUAAGAAGGUAGGAGCAGUCUAAUAAUAAUUUUUAAGAAUCAGAGGGUUAUGUUACAUAAAAUUAUUUAUGAGUAAAAUUAUGUUAUAUAUUUAUAUAAUUAUAAUAAUAUGUUUAUAUUAAUAAUAUAUUAUAGGAAAAGUUUGAAAUGUUAAAAUACAAUAAUUACAAUAUAAUCUGUUUAUUUUUUAACAGAAAUUUACUAAUUCAUCAAAAGAGUAUAUAAAAAAAUACAAAAAUGAACAAAAUAAAGCUAUGCCACAAUUUGUAAACUCUUUAUCAAGUAAUAUAAUUAGUUUGAAAGACUUGGCAGAUGGUACAUGGUUAUGGAGAAAAACCCAAAAGACUCAAAUACAUAAAAAAUGUAGGAAUAAAAUGUUAAAGAGACAAAAGCAACAAAGUAAAAUGAUAGCAAAGAAAAAGGUGUUUCAAAUAAUUGAAGCCGAAAUUCCAAAAUCAGUAGAAGAAAAAAUAGAUGAUAUAUUGAUUGAAACUAAUAAGAAACAAAUGGAACCUAAGCAAGAAGGUCGUAGUAAACCAAUAUAUUUUAACAAUUAUUGUAUCAUUGACAAUGAUUUAGAUUAUUAUGAUAAUAUCCACCUUAAAGAAGCAAGAAAACGUAUUAUUGGUAGAUUACAAAAAUUAGAAGAUUUUAAUGAACUAAUAAUGGAGUUAGAAAUAGAAAUUAUUGACAUUUAUAAACAAUUUCUUAUAAGACCUUUGCCUGAAGAGUAUCCAUUAAUAAUACGCGCGCCUGUUCCAUGGCAUCAAUAUAAAUUAACUGCAACUCAUUUUAUGCAUUAUAAUCUAUUUAUUGGAAAUGAAAUAUUGAGAAAUAUUCAAAAUUUAUAUUUUAAUAAAUAUCAUGAUGUAAUGAUAAUCAAACUUCAAGAUCUGGGAACCAUUCCUAUUUCAGCAAAUGAAAUAGACCCGAAAAUGAAUUUAUUAUGUAAUAAAGCUGUAGAUAGACUUAUUAAACAUUGGCUGGCCGAGAUUGCUGAAUUUUUCUUAGAGAAGAAAUAUGCUUGGUCUUGUUUUAUUGAAAAACAUUAUAAUGCAUCUACAGCGCUAAUAGAGAAAUAUUUUAGAAGCGUAAAUGCUCUUUUAUCUAGACAAUUACGAAUGAUGAUAAUGAAAACGCUGAAUAAUUUUAGAGAUUUUUUUAUGGAAUAUAGCAAAGGAAAUUAUUUUAAAGGUGAUUACAAGGAUCUUAUGUUUUACAAAACUCCCUUUAUAACAGUAACAGUACAACCAAUACUUGGUACAGAUAAAUUACAUUGUAAACCGAAUAUUUUAGAAGUACGUACAAUUAUUUCACAAUGUUUUGAUAAAAUUAUUGGAAUUGGAACAAUGAUUCCAAAAAUUGAAACUAUUUUAUUUCCUGAAUUGGAGAAGCAGGAGUUUUUAUUCUCUAUAUCGCGAUACGAAGAAUCGGUUUUAAGCAUAGUUACUGAUGUACUGGAUGUUAUCAGUGCUCAUAUAAAAGGUCCACAAAUUUAUUUAAAAUGUUAUCAAGAUUUGUUGUAUGUAGUCGAUGGUCGAGCUAAACAAAAUUUAGACCAAUUUUUUAUCAUCGAACCCAUGCCAUAUUUGCAUGAAUUUGAACAAAAAAUAAAAGGCUACGAUCAGCUCAGAAAAGAAAUUUUAGUGUUUCGUAACAAGAUUCCUCUGAACUUAAUAGAAAUCGAUUGUACUACUCUAAAUAACACUUUAAGGCAGAUUCUUUACGAUCUUCGUACUGAAAUUUGUGAUUUUUUUGCAAACGAGUUACGAACUAACAAUCGAGAUUUGUGCUCCAAUUUUGAUACAAUAGCAGAGAAUAUCUCGAAAAUGCCUGAAAAAACGCAAGAUGUCGUCGAACUGUACAAUUAUUUGUGCGAAAGUCGAGAUAUCACCAUGUUCAACUUAAAAAGAAAAUUAUUACGUUCUAUAGAAUUGAUUUUAUUCCUUUUUAAUUAUCAAUCACCCACGGACGACGACAUUCACUUAAAUACUCGCGUCAUCACAUGGCCGAAGGAAAUGGAAACCGUGAUGGAUCUAGCGAACACACGAUUAAACAUGAGAAAAGAAUAUCUUGAAGAAGUAUUACGUAUAAGAAUGGACAAUUUUGAACAAAGGAUACAUAAUAUGCGACUAGCAAUCGAUCAAUUUAAAAAAAAGGAUCCACCAGUAUUAACUAUGGAGGAGAUGGAAGAUGCGGUAUUGCAAGUUGAACAGCUUUUUAGAGGUAUGGAAGAGAUUAGGAAAGAAGUUGAGGAGAUCAAUGAGGAAGAAGGACUUCUAGACAUGGAGUUAAGUCCCUAUUUAGUAAUUCCCAUGAUGUCUACGACAGUUAGUGCACUCGAUACUCUUUGGCACACAGUAUUAGAUUUUCAUAAGAAUUAUGACAAAUGGCAUAAUGGUCCAUUUAUCUAUCUCGAUGCCGAGGAAAUUAAGGAUGAAACUGACAACAUCUGGCGCACGUUAUAUAGAUUAACACGCGUUCUUGUCGACAUUCCAGGUGCACGGAAAAUUACCGAAAUGGUUCGCGCGAAGGUGGACAAAUUCAAGCAAUACAUUCCCCUUUUACAAAUUAUUUGUACUCCUGGAUUACAAGACCGACAUUGGAAACAGAUUAGCAAAGUAGUAAACGUGGAUAUAACAGUAACGCCUACGAGUUGUCUGGCUGAUAUGAUAGAGUUAGGAUUGUUACUUCAUAUAGCUAAACUCGAAGAGAUAUCGUCUGCUGCUGUGAAAGAGCACGCGCUUCAACAGAGCUUGCAGAGGAUGAAGGAAGACUGGGCAGACAUUAAAUUUCAAUUUGUACUAUAUCGCGAAACCGGUGUUCAUAUAUUAACCGCUAUAGACGAUAUUCAUCAGUUGUUGGACGAUCAUAUUUUGAAAGCACAGACAAUGAGAAGUUCUCCAUUUAUAAAAGCUUUCGAAGAGGAAAUGCAAGUUUGGGAGAAUAAAUUACUGCAAAUGCAGGAUAUCAUUGAUCAAUGGUUAAUGUGUCAAGCAACCUGGAUGUAUUUGGAGCCGAUAUUUAGUAGCGAAGAUAUAAUGCGUCAAAUGCCGACCGAAGCGAAACAUUUCAGGAGGAUGGACAAGAUUUGGCGUAAAAUCAUGGUGUACGCUGUCCAAAAUAGUCAGGUACUCGAUGCUACCGGUAUGCCAAAUAUAUUGCAGGAGUUAACGCUAUGCAACACGUUGCUGGAAGAAAUACAGAAAGGAUUAAACGAAUACUUGGAGAAGAAACGUUUAUUCUUUCCAAGGUUUUUCUUCUUGUCGAAUGACGAACUGUUAGAAAUACUCUCGGAAACUAAGGAUCCGCAGAGAGUACAGCCACACUUGAGGAAAUGCUUUGAAGGUAUCAGCAAAUUGCGAUUCACCAAAGAAGAGGAAAUUAUUGGAAUGUUAUCGGACGAAGAAGAAUACGUUCCGCUAAGUGGAAAGAUUUAUCCAGCAGAUGCAAAAGGCAUGGUUGAGAAAUGGUUGUCUCAAGUUGAGGAACUUAUGAGAGCUUCCCUUCGAGACAUAGCCGAAGAAAGUAUCAUCGCGUAUUUCAUCACCGUUAGAGAAGAAUGGAUAUUCUCCUGGCCUGGUCAGAUCGUUAUUUGCUGCAGUCAGAUACAUUGGACUAGCGAAGUUUGCGAGUCGUUCGAAGAUUAUUCUACUGCUGCUUAUUUACAGACAUGCAACAGUCAAAUAGAAAACACGGUUACAUUAGUAAGAGGGAGGUUGAACCCGGGUGCGAGGAUAACAAUAAAUGCUUUGAUCGUGAUAGACGUCCAUGCACGAGAUGUAGUACGUUUGCUCGUUGAUAAACAAGUGAGUAACAUCAUGGACUUUGAUUGGAUAUCACAACUGAGGUAUUAUUGGUUGGACGAUAGUAUUAUCGUCUCGAUAGUGACGACCACUGUAGCGUAUGCCUUUGAGUACCUUGGGAACACAUCAAGACUUGUCAUAACACCAUUAACUGAUCGAUGCUACAGAACUUUAAUGAGCGCGUUGAAGUUAAAUCUUGGUGGUGCACCUGAAGGUCCGGCAGGUACUGGUAAAACAGAAACAGGGAAAGAUCUUGCAAAAGCUGUGGCUAAACAGUGCGUGGUUUUCAAUUGUUCGGAGGGGCUUGAUUAUCAAGCGAUGGGCAAAUUUUUCAAAGGGCUUGCGCAAUCUGGAGCGUGGGCCUGUUUCGAUGAAUUUAACAGAAUAGAUCUGGAAGUUCUUUCCGUGAUUGCACAGCAGAUCUUGACCAUUCAAAUGGCUGUAAGUUUACAAUUGGAAAAAUUCAUGUUUGAAAGUACGGAGAUAAAAUUAGAUCCUACUUGCUACGUUAUUAUAACGAUGAAUCCUGGUUAUGCUGGACGUCAAGAACUUCCUGACAAUUUAAAGGUUCUGUUUCGUACUGUGGCAAUGAUGGUGCCGGAUUAUGCCAUGAUAGGAGAAAUUACAUUGUACUCCUUCGGUUUCAUAGACGCCAAGAACCUUGCCGAGAAAAUAGUUCACACUUACAAAUUAUGUUCUGAACAAUUAAGUUCGCAAAAUCAUUAUGAUUACGGAAUGCGAGCUGUGAAAACUGUACUCAUCGCUGCUGGAAAUUUAAAAUUGAAAUAUCCUAAGCAAAAUGAAUCGGUUUUGAUUCUCCAAGCGAUCAUCGAUGUCAAUCUUCCGAAAUUUUUGGCUCACGACAUUCCUCUGUUUAAUGGAAUAUACACAGACCUCUUCCCUGAUACCAGUUUACCAGAACCACAUCGAGACGAGUUAAUCGAAUUGGCCAAGGUUGUUUUGAAGAAGCGAAAUCUUCAAGCUACGCCUUGGUACAUGGAAAAGAUAAUCCAAAUUUACGAGAUGCUGUUGGUGCGCCACGGUUUGAUGAUCGUGGGCAAUACUCUAAGCGGGAAGACGCAAGCAUAUCAAGUUUUAGCCGAAGCUUUAGGCGAGCUAAGUAGCAGAAGGCGCGCUAUUAUGAAAGAAUUUUCAACGAUUUACAAGAUCAUUAAUCCAAAAGCUAUUACUUUGGAUCAGCUGUAUGGCAGUUUUGAUCCAAUAUCGCACGAAUGGAGUGAUGGCGUUUUAGCCAACAUUUUCAGAGAAUUCGCACAGUCUAUUUCGCCAGAUCGAAAGUGGAUAGUUUUCGAUGGUCCUAUCGAUGCCCUAUGGAUCGAAAGUAUGAAUACGGUGCUUGAUGACAAUAGGAAGCUUUGCCUGAUGUCCGGAGAAAUUAUACAAAUGUCGCAUAAAAUGAAUAUGAUGUUUGAACCAGCUGAUUUGGAGCAUGCCUCGCCAGCUACAGUUAGCAGAUGCGGCAUGAUUUAUAUGGAGCCAUCUCAACUUGGAUGGAAUGCAUUAUUCGACUCAUAUAAAAUGUAUCUUAGAAAUAAGCUCCUUGUCGAACAGUAUGAAUUGACUGUUGAAUUGAUCGAGUGGUUGACGGAGCCAGUUCUGGUUUUUGUUCAGCAUCGUUGUAAAACAUUUGUAGAAAUGUCAGAGCUUCAUAUGUUUUUAUCAUUUACAAAACUUUUCACCGCAAUGUUGAACGGAGAAACACAAGUUAGCACAAUUUGGCUUCAAUGCGUUUUAUUAUUUAGCAUUGUUUGGGGAAUGUGUUCAACGUUAACAAGCGAUAGCAGAAAGAUUUUCGAUGUUUAUUUAAGAAAAUUAUUACUUGGAACUGAUGAUGAAUAUCCUAAACCAAAAGCUUUUAAAUUGACGAAACAACAGCUUUUUCCUGACAAGGGAACUGUUUAUGAUUGGAUAUAUGAUAAAAGAAAUAAUGGAUGCUGGAUACCGUGGAUGGACACAGCAUUACAGGCGUCUUUAUUACCAGAUGCAAAAUCAAGUGAAUCAAUUGUGCCAACAACUGAAGUAGUAAUCCAAUAUUUCUUUAUCAGAAAUCUUCUUCAUAGAGAAAUACCUAUUUUAUUUGUUGGACCAACUGGUACUGGGAAAUCUGUUAUUGUAUUAAAUUAUUUGCAAUUUCUACCCAGAGACAAAUAUAUAGAGAAUAUCAUCAACUUUAGCGCUCGUACCACUGCUGCUCAAACUCAAGAGAUAAUAAUGACCAAGCUAGAUCGUAGAAGAAAAGGUGUUUACGGUCCACAAAUGGGGAAAAAGUGCGUAAUAUUUGUUGAUGAUUUAAGCAUGCCGCAGAAAGAACAAUACGGUGCUCAGCCACCAAUUGAACUUAUUCGUCAGUGGGUGGAUCAUGGACACUGGUUUGAUAUAAAAGACACGACAAUGUUAUACUUGGUGGAUAUGUUUCUGAUUUGUGCUAUGUUACCACCCGGAGGUGGUUCAAACGUGGUCACACCUAGAUUAACUCGACAUAUGCACAUAAUUGGUAUCGACUUUUUCGAAGAGGUGACGAUGACCAAAAUUUUUUCUUCGAUUCUUGAUACACACUUUGCAAAAGGAUUUUUACCAGAAGUCUCAAGAUUGGGAAGAAUGAUCGUAACCGCGACGAUGGAUAUAUUUCUCAACGCGAUCAAAACCUUUCUACCGAUUCCAGCGAAGAGUCAUUACACCUUUAAUUUGCGCGAUUUCAGCCGAGUUAUUAAGGGUAUACUUUUGGUACCAGCUUCCAGGAUGAAGGAUCCGGACAAGCUGAUUAGACUUUGGGUUCACGAGGUAUACAGAGUGUUUCAUGAUAGACUGAUAGAUGACAAUGACCGAGAAAUGUUGUUUGAAAUGGUUCAGUAUACUUGUUACGAUCAAUUGCGACAACCAUUGAAGAAAGUACUUGGUAGACUGUUGCAAGAAGGAGAGACAAUAACAAGUUCCCACAUGUGUGACCUUUUUUUUGGUAAUUAUAUAGAACCUGAUGCCGAGCCAAAAGUAUACGACGAAGUGGAAGAUCUAGAAGAUUUGCAACACAAGAUGGAUUAUUACUUAACGGAGUACAAUAUGCUUUCCAAGACACCAAUGUCCUUGGUACUAUUCAGAUACGCUAUUGAACACAUUUCUCGCAUUUCUCGCAUACUGCAGCAAGAAAGCGGACAUGCCCUUUUAAUAGGAAUGGGUGGAUCGGGUAAAAGUUCGUGUGCUAAGCUGGCGACCAACAUGUGCGAAUAUCUGAUAUAUCAAGUUGAAAUUACUACAACUUACGAAUUUUCGGAAUGGCGGGAAGAUUUGAGGAAAUUGUUGCUGCGCGUUGGAUGCGAUGGAAAACCCACUGUAUUUCUUUUUGGCGAUCAUCAAAUAAAGGACGAAUCCUUCAUCGAGGAUAUAAAUAUGGUCUUAAACACGGCUGAUGUGCCAAAUUUAUACGACACGGAAGAGAAAGCUGAGAUUUUGGAUAAAAUGACGAACGUAAUGCACAGUAUCGGUGGGAGAAAAGUUGAAAUUACUCCUAUGAUUCUUUACAAUCUAUUUCUCGAGAGGAUAAUAAAAAAUCUUCACUGGAUUUUAACGAUGUCACCUAUAGGAGACAAAUUUAGAAACCGUCUGCGGAUGUUCCCCUCGUUGAUAAACUGUUGUACUAUCGACUGGUAUACCAUUUGGCCUGAAGACGCGCUGGAGAAGGUAGCGCGGGUAUCGUUGAAAAAUGUUAACAUCAGUGAGGAUUUACGAGAAAAAUGUGUCUACAUAUCCAAAAAAUUCCACACGAGUAUCGCAUUAGCUAGCGAAGAUUAUUAUAACACGCAAGGAAGAAGAUACUACAUAACACCGACAAGUUUCCUAGAGCUCAUCAAAUCGUUUUGUAGGCUGUACGACAAGAAAAUCGACGAAAUCACCGCGCAGCAAAUGCGAUACGAAAGGGGAUUGGAAAGAUUAGAUUUUGCAGCGGAUCAAAUAGCAGUUAUGAAGGAAGAACUUCAAGCCUUGCAACCAAAAUUGCUGGCACAGUCUGAGUUAAGUAACAAGCUUAUGAUCAGGAUCGAACAAGAUACGAUCAACAUCGAGGCCAGAAAAGAGAUCGUAGCUGCUGAGGAAGCUUUAGCAAACGAAGCUGCUGCCGCUGCACAGGCGAUAAAAGACGAUUGUGAAAGCGAUUUGGCUGAGGCAACACCUGCGUUAGAGGCUGCUUUAGCUGCGCUAGAUACCCUGAAACCCGCGGACAUCAGUAUCGUGCGAUCAAUGAAAAGUCCACCAGCAGGCGUAAGAUUGGUGAUGGAAGCUAUUUGCAUCUUGAAAGGUGUCAAACCUGAGAAAGUUCAGGAUCCGACAACCGGCCGAGUUGUGGAAGAUUACUGGCCAGCAUCUAUAAGGCUACUGGGAGACAUGAGGUUUCUCGAAAGUUUGAAAAACUUCGACAAAGACAACAUACCACCGGCGUAUAUGAAGAUAAUUCGCGAGAGAUUUAUAAACGACAGAAGCUUUCAACCGGAGGCUAUUAAGAAGGUCUCCACUGCCUGCGAGGGCCUUUGUAAGUGGGUACGAGCGAUCGAAGUUUAUGACCGGGUGAUUAAAGUCGUUGCCCCGAAGCAGGCGAUGCUGGCAGAAGCUGAAGCAGCUCUUGCUAAACAGAUGGAGGCUUUGAACGCCAAAAGAGCCCUUCUUCAGGAAGUUACACAGAAAUUGCAAUCGCUCAAUGACGAAUUUGCCGAGUGCAUGAGAGAGAAAAAGAAGUUGGAAGAUCAAAUCGACUAUUGUAAGAAAAAAUUGGACAGGGCUGAGAAACUGCUAGGCGGUUUAAGUGGAGAGAAAAACAGGUGGCAGGAAACAGCCACGAUACUAGGCUCAAGUCUUAAUAAUGUUAUUGGAGAUGUUUUAUUGUCUUCGGGAGUAGUCGCUUACUUCGGAGCCUUCACGAUAGAGUAAACAGGUGGAAAUUCGAGCAUGGAUAAUCUUUGGCUUACCAGCAGAUCAUUUCUCCGUGGAGAAUGGAAUAAUUGUAAAGAACGCUGAUCGAUGGCCACUUAUGAUCGACCCACAAAAUCAAGCGAACAAGUGGAUAAAAAAUAUGGAGAAAGAAAAUAAUUUGACGGUUAUCAAACUUUCUGAUCCGAAUUAUGUGAAAAUAGUAGACACCUGCAUACAACUUGGCACGCCUGUUCUGUUAGAAAAUAUUUUAGAAGAAAUAGACGCGAUAUUAGAACCUGUGCUUCUUAAGAACAUCUACAAAGAACGUGGUGUUUUUUACAUGAAAUUCGGCGAACAUGUGAUUGAAUAUGAUCCUAAUUUUCGAUUUUAUAUAACAACGCGUUUAAGAAAUCCACAUUAUUUACCAGAAGUGGUUGUGAAAGUAACGCUAUUAAAUUUCAUGAUUACACCCCAAGGACUUCAGGAUCAGUUGUUGGGUAUAGUUGUCGCUAAGGAAUUGCCUGUGCUCGAGGAACGUAAGAACCAGCUAAUCGUAGAAGCUGCGAAUAACAAGAGAAUAUUGGAGGAAAUAGAAGAUAAAAUUUUAGAGGUUUUGUCCGCAUCAGAAGGUAAUAUUUUGGAGGAUGAAACGGCGAUUACAAUAUUAUCAACAUCGAAAAUACUAGCAGAGGACAUUGAAGCUAAACAAGAGAUAGCUGCUAAAACGGCGAUGGAAAUUGAUUACGCUCGUAACGAAUACAAACCUGUCUCGGAACAUGGUUCUGUGCUGUUCUUCUGCAUUUCCGAACUGGCAAACAUCGAUCCUAUGUAUCAGUAUUCUCUACCAUGGUUCAUUCAUCUCUAUGAAAUGUCAAUAGCGAACAGUGAACAGGAUGAGAAUCUAAACGUCCGAAUAAACAAUUUAAACGCGUAUUUUACAGCCAGUAUUUAUAGAAACGUGUGUCGUUCUUUGUUUGAAAAAGAUAAACUGAUAUUCUGUUUUGUUCUGUGCGUUGGUCUCUUACGUGCUGAUAAAAAAAUAAACGAAGAGUUUUGGACGUUUUUAUUGGCAGGUGACGUAGGCCUAGAUAAUCCUUACCCUAAUCCCGGCAUCCCUUGGUUAACUGAUAAAUCUUGGAAUGAAAUAGUUCGAGCUACAAGUUUGCCGGGUCUUGAAAGAUUAAGACAAUCGUUUGAAACGCAAACAUCACAUUGGAAGGCUUAUUAUGACUCGUCUAAUCCUGAGAAGGAAUCUUUCCCACGUCCAUUUGAAAACGAGGCUGAAAGCUUGAAAAAGCUGGUCAUACUUAAAUGCAUAAGACCCGAUAAAAUUGUGACCGCUGUGCGAAUGUUCGUUAUAUAUAACAUGGGCCAAUCUUUCGUAGAACCACCACCGUUUGAUCUUCAAGCGUGUUAUAACGAUUCUACUAACGUGACUCCUCUUAUUUUUAUUCUUUCUCCCGGAUCCGAUCCAAUGGCGGGAUUGAUCAGAUUCUCGGAAGAUUAUGGAAUAUCAAAAGAGAAUCUGAUGACUAUAUCAUUGGGACAAGGUCAAGGCCCAAUCGCGGUGAACAUGAUAGAUAGAGGAACAAAGAGCGGGGAAUGGGUAGUGCUUCAAAAUUGUCAUUUGGCAGUGUCCUGGAUGAAAGAAUUAGACAGAAUCUGCGACGAAAUAAUUAUACCAGAGAACACGCAUCCGAAGUUUCGUUUGUGGUUAACUAGCUAUCCAUCGAAGGAUUUCCCAAUUUCUAUACUGCAAAAUGGUGUUAAAAUGACUAAUGAGCCGCCAAAAGGGCUGAAGAAUAAUCUACUGAGAAGUUAUAUGAACGAUCCAAUAUCGGAUCCGAAGUUCUUUGCCAGUUGUACCAAAAUACAUGAAUGGAGAGGACUCCUUUUUGCUCUGUGUUUCUUUCAUGCAGUUGUUCAAGAACGACGUAACUUUGGGCCAUUAGGUUGGAAUAUUCCAUACGAAUUCAACGAAUCAGAUCUUCGCAUUAGUAUUUUACAGCUACAGCUUUUUUUAAACGAUUACGACGAAAUACCAUUUGAUGCGCUUCUUUACUUAACUGGUGAAUGCAAUUACGGUGGCCGUGUAACUGAUGAUAAGGAUAGACGUUUGCUGAAUUCAUUAUUAAAGCAAUAUUACAAUAAUAAAGUUGUUACCGAUUCACAAUAUUGUUUUUCACCAAGUUGUAUAUAUCGUCUACCAGAAAAUACAGAAUAUCACGGAUGUCUAGAAUACAUUCGAAAUCUACCAAUGACACAACAGCCAGAAGUGUUUGGUUUACAUGAAAAUGCAGAUAUAACAAAGGAUAAUCAGGAAUCAUUGCAGCUACUUAAGGGAACUCUAUUGACUCAGACACAUAUUAUUGGAGUGGGAGUUGAACGAGAUGUUGAUGACAUCGUCUACAGUUUAUGCGAUGACAUUUUAUCUAAAUUGACGUUACGAUUCGAUGUUUUAGAAGUUUCUAAAAAAUAUCCAGUGCUCUAUAUAAAUAGCAUGAAUACGGUUCUUCGUCAAGAACUCAUUAAGUUUAAUAAUUUGAUUGAUACUAUUAGAGCCACAUUGGUAGACGUACAAAAAGCAAUUAAAGGAUUGGUCUUAAUGUCUUCCGAAUUGGAAGAAGUCUUUUUCAGUAUGAGCGUUGGCAGAGUACCAGCUACUUGGAGUAAAAUGUCUUAUUCUUCUUUAAAACCACUAGGGAGUUAUAUCAAUGAUCUGCUAGAGAGAUUAGCAUUUUUCCAAGAUUGGAUAGAUCAUGAUGCACCAAUUGUCUUUUGGAUAUCCGGCUUCUUUUUUACACAAUCUUUUCUUACGGGUGCCUUGCAAAAUUAUGCCCGCAAACAUAAAAUUCCAAUUGAUAAAUUAGAUUUUGAAUUUGAAAUAACUUCAUUUGAAAGUGAUGUAAAAACUGCACCGUCUCGUGGAGUUUAUAUAAAGGGUCUAUAUUUAGAAGGAGCAAGAUGGAACAGGCAAUUAAAAGAAAUCGAUGAAUCUGAACCAAAAAUUAUGUUUGAUUUACUUCCUGUAAUAUGGUUAAAGCCUGGCAUAAAAGCUGAAUUUAUUAUUGAAUAUGUGUAUCAUUGUCCUGUGUACAAGACGAGUGAGAGACGUGGUGUUUUGGCUACUACUGGCCAUUCUUCCAAUUUUGUAUUAUAUAUUUUAUUUCCAACACACAUUGACGAAUCUCAUUGGAUUAAAAGAGGAGUUGCUUGCUUAUGUCAACUGGAUGACUAAAUUAUUGAAAAAAUAUAUAAUUAUAUGAUUUUAUAUGGAUAUCAAUUAUAUCUAAAAUCCAUAUAUAUAAAUAUUUUAAAUAAAAGUGUACAAAAAAUA